UCUACACGAAUCGUGCGGAAAAACUCGCACGAUACGAAUGCAGCAGCUCGAUGUAUCAUUCAGCAUCCCUAUCGACAAGAUGGCACCUUUCGACAUUGCACAUUGCACAUUGCACACACGACGCGACAAUCAAACAGACAGCAAAACAGCACAUGUCGACACGAGAGAGAGACAUGAAAGCAAAAACAUGGAUUCCCAAACCAGUCGCCCGAUAGCUGAGCAGCCCACCAUGAGAGCGCGUAUGACACCACAGAGGAGAAGAGAAACUGAUUCAAAAACACAUGCCUGGGAGUAAAAAACACGUGUGUAUGUCACGAGGUCGAUGUGACAAAGAAGUGACUGGUCGACCGCCUGUCUGACCAACCACAUAUGCACACUCGUAUGUACACAUGCACACUUCGCAUGCUUUGCGAUCAGUCACAAGGGCCAGCUGACACGAGGACACAAGCAUCGCUCUACGGAUGGGGACGUCCACAAAGGCCAUCACACAUCCACGCACCGUUUGCCUCCGCCUAUCUAGGCCACUGUAGGCAGUCAGACCGUGCCAAUUACAUCUGAUAUGCAUGAAAAGCACGCAGACAGAAUGUAUGAGUGUCAAAACAUCACGAGAAAAUGCAACAUGAGACAAAUGCUCGUAUCGCUACUAGACGUCGAAUUUCUUAUCGAAGUCUUCUGGGGGCUCCUUGUCGCCCCACCUUAUGUCAGUCUUCACGUGCCAUGUAUAGAUCUGAACGACACACAGGAACCAUCUGCGCACAGCACAAUUUGGCUUGCUCAUCGCGCAUAUACCUUUGUGCAGUUGUCUGCGAGUGGUUCUAUGUCCCACUUGCUGACAUUCGUCUGCUCGAGGAAAUCGCUUUCCAGACGGCCUUUCUUACUCCGGAUUUUCCACAGCAGUGGGGGGUCCUGCAGAAAGUGCCUCACGUGCAGGCCAAAGCCUGCUGUGUCAAUCGGAUACGCACGACCCGUCUAUACAGAUACAUACAGAUCCACACAGAAAGGCAACGACAUGAGCAUUGGUCGAAUCCAUCCGCCCUUCGUGUUGCAGAUUGCUCGUUCGCUCACCCCCCAUGCGUUGUACUUCUUGAUUUUGCCGGUGGUCGAGUUGACGUCACAGUACUGAGCUACUCUGCGUGCCCCCGCCAGGCCCACGGGCCAGGUGCCGAUGUUGCGGACCUUCCGCAGCUCAUGGAGAAUGCGAAUAUCAUAUGCAUUGUCGUCAUCAGCAAAAUACACAACGGAAUCCUGCAACAGAAAUGAGACAAUCCCCCGAUUGUCUGCUGUGUUCAUUGGUGUUUGUGCACCUCAUAUGCUCUCUUCAGCUCCGCAUCGGCCUCAUUUAGCACAAUGUCCCGUAUCAGCCGAAUGGCCUCGUUCCUCUGCUCUGCCCCCCUGGUUCUCAAUCCAGAUGAGCUACUGACGUUCAAGUGAGACCAAUGCAAUAGGAGGCUGUCAUUCAGCCACCUCUCGACUUUGGCCGUCCUGUUGACGCUGUCCUCGACAACAAUCAUGUGCACGUUACUGGCUGCGAGACCGAAUGUGUUGAACAGCCGCGUCAGAUCCAGCCGCUGCGUGAUUCGCCUGUACGUGGGAGUGAUGACAAAUACCCACCGCAGGCCGGGCACCCAGUGAUGGGAGGGGAAGAGGAAGGGCGAAUCAGACUCACUGAGGACGUGACGGGCGGUGAGGUGAGGGGCACGCUCUUGCCUUCCUCUCAUGGCAGCACGAGGCGUUGAUGAGUCAACCGAGCUGCUGAACACCUCAAGAUGCGCCGUUCUCGAGGCGGCGUGCUUGUCGCCAUCCAGCAUCACGCCCAUAGUAGUCAGCAUCAGGGGGAGCGGACCGCACUGUCGCUUGAUCAGGAAAAAACAUAAGAAGUAGAGUGGGGCAACCACCAGCACAGCGAGCGCACACGGCGCAGAGAAGCGAAAGCGCAUCGCUCGAAGGGCUGAUUGCUUCACGACACCGUCGUCAAGGAAACGACCGGAAAAAAUUC